UUCUCACUCAAAGUAUUCCAAUUCCAAAUUCAGAUCUGCUGUAUCCUUGUUCCAUCUAACCAGAGAGCAAUGCUGGCGGGACACUCAGACAUCAGCAUUAUCUGUUCACCCAUCUAAAUUUCCGGCAAAAAUGCAUUAUCCGUCACGGAUACUUGUUUAUAACGAGCUCAUCCCAAGCAGAAGUGACUCAACAGUUGUUGUAAUCAUACACAAACCUUUCGCGCCCCCCCUUCACACCUCACCAUGUGCUCACUGAGGGGCAUGCCCCAGUAUUUGAGAAGCACUGUCAAGGGCGGCACUGUGAUCUAGUGGUUAGCGCGCAGACCUCACAGCUAGGAGACCAGGGUUCAAUUCCACCCUCGGCCAUCUCUGUGUGGAGUUUGCAUGUUCUCCCCGUGCAUGCGUGGGUUUUCUCCGGGUACUCCGGUUUCCUCCCACAUUUCAAAAACAUGCUAGGUUAAUUGGCGACUCCAAAUUGUAUAGGUAUAAAUGAUAGUGUGAAUGGUUGUUUGUCUAUAUGUGUCCUGUGAUUGGCUGGUCCAGGGUAUACCCCGCCUCUCGCCCGAAGACAGCUGGGAUAGGCUCCAGCACCCUUGUGAGGAAAAAAGCGGUAGAAAAUGAAUGAAUGAAUGUCCUAGGUCAAAAGAUGUUACUGCCACCUAUAGGAGGAAUGUGAUAAUCCGCUUAUUCAUCAUUAAAACAAGACUCAUGCUCUGAGGCGUGCUGCCAUGCGCUUUCGAUCAUCCUGUUCAACACGUUUGUCAAGCUUUAUCAUUGGUAGCAUUGUACGUUUGCAAUGACAACAUAUUUGCUACAAGCACUGGGAUGCCUUGCAUGUACUGGUGGUCUUGGAAUAAAUGAAGAAGCUAUGCGGUUCCACUGGCGCGUGCUCUUGGCUUGUGCCUGGCUGCUGCUGCUCCUCGUCUUGAUUGACAGGCAUGUCAGCCCCAGAUCUGCGAGUGCAGAAAGUGAGGCAAAGACCCCAGGAAACCAGUCUUCAGUGGCAGACUGGGGGGUCGUUGUUAAGCGGAGGAGUGCGAUGUUCUCCAGUGGUUGCAAGAACAAGGAACAUCAGGGUGAUACCCAAGUCUCCCUCAGCAAGCUGGUCUUGGACAGCAUUGUCGUCUCAGACCAACACCGCAUCUUGUUCUGUGAGACACCUGAGGCGAGCGACACCUACUGGAAGAAGCUACUCAUCAUUGCUAGUGGCGCCUUCUCCAGUGUGAAGGACAUCCCAGAGAACCUUGUUCACGACAACAAGAAGAACGGUCUGCCCCGCCUCUCGUCACUGGCGCCACUGGAAAUAAUGCACAGAUUAAACACGUAUUUUAAGUUCAUCAUCGUGAGGGAUCCAUUCGAGCGUCUGAUUUCUACAUUUGAGGACAAAUUCCUCUUCAACAAACCCUCAGAACCUUGGUACAAGCACACCAUCUCCCACGCCAUCAUCCACAAAUACCGCACAGGCUUUCCCUUCCUGGACGAUACUGGCUUAGUCUUUGAUGAAUUUGUCCGUUACCUGGGUGAUGUGGAGCAGCGGAGCCACAUGGACUGGCAGUUUGGCGAGCACAUCAUCCACUGGGCGACCUAUGUGGAGUUGUGCGCACCGUGCGAUGUCGGCUAUGACGUCAUAGGCCACCACGAGACACUGGAGCGAGAUGCCGCCCACAUCCUGAGUAGAGCCGGCAUCGGACAUCUAGUGUCAUACCCGUUCGUCCCUGCUGGCAUCACGCGCUACAACAAGACCAAGGUGGAACGCUACUUCUCAGGUGUCAGCAAAUGGGACAUCAGGCGCCUCUAUGAGCGCUAUCAGGAGGACUUUCACUUAUUUGGGUACCCAACACCUGACUUUCUACUCAACUGAAUUUCUUAUACAACAAUACCUUAGUAUUGUGCUGGUGAAUUCCACUCCCAAGAGGAUUAAGGCAGUGCUAGAUAACAGUGGUGCUCACACUUCUUGUAAUUAUGACUUAAUUCCAAUGACAUUUUUCUGCAACCUAAUUGUCCAAAAUGUUGUUUUGUUUGGUACAACUUUUAAAGUGUCUUUAAUAUUUGUAUUUGACUUACUAAAAUGAUGUUAUAAGGUUAUUCUAGACUUUUUUGUUAGAUUACAAUGUUUUUCUUAAUAUUUUUAAAUUUAUUCUCAUAAGAUUAAGGUGGAUUUUUCAUUUUUAGUUUUAGAAUGGUACUUUAUAUUGAGUUAUAUUGGGUUGUGGACACCUAUAGAGCAGCUUCACCCAGUAACCUGCAGAGGUCUUGUACUUACUCUAUGUACUUCUUUAGUAAGCUUUCGGGGUCUUCCAGAAUCUGCACCUAUUGCAGCUGCAUUUCCUUGGAUUUUCGAAAAAGGUCUGUUUUAAUUUAUUCCAGCCAAGGCCCGCCUCCGGGGACGCCCACUCCGUUGUGAUUGGUCACACUCCAGAGAGCUGGGAAGGGCAGGUCUACAGCUUGGAUUCGGGAACACCCGUAUAAGGAAGUCUGGCUCCUUGUGACGUCACAGUGAGCUGCUCUCUGAAACGGCGUUCAGAGCCAUCCGAAACUUCUUUCAGGGUUCAAAUGUGCAAACUUAGUUAACACGAUCAUACAACAUUUAUAGGUCAGAAAUGUGGAAAAAGCAUAAUAAGUCCCCUUUCAAAAUUCCAAAAUGUCAAGUGGAAAACAAAUCGCUUGCACGGAUUUUGUGAUUUGUAGUAACAUAAAAUGUCCACACGUCAGCAGUAAUGUUUAUAGUUAAUAUUUGAACGCCACAAAUGUUGAUUUGUACAGCUAAAGAAUGAUGCCCAUUGUUGUAAACGUUGCAUUAGCUUUAAACAUGCAUGAUUGUUCUUGUGUCCACAGUCCCGUCUGACAGGUCGGUCCUGCUCUGCCGUUUGAAUAUUGUUUCACCAACAGAUUGCCUUUUGGUGCUCAGGGUGUCAAGCGUGGAAUUGUGAUAACUAACAUGCGCUGCAGUUGACUGGCAGAAGGCGAACCGUUGUCCCACAAAUGUGUCACAACUUCUUUCCAAACAACAAAUGUAAGGAUGCCGGGUCCACUUUGACAUGACUCACAUUUAUUUCUUUUAUUUUACAUUUGUGUUCGUAGAAAACACUU